CACCGCCACACCCUCCUCAUCUCUACUUGGUGUUAACUACAACCACCACCAUUCAGGUUAACUGGUUGUCUGGUAGCAAUGGAGGCAGCACAAUUAUUGGUUUUGUCCUGAACUACAAGAAAGAACACAAUGGCUGGCAUUCCUUGACCCUGGGACCUCAGAAUCGAACCUUUAUUGCCAACAACCUCAUGUGUGGGACACAGUACAAGUUUAACAUACAUGCUUUCAACAAGAUUGGACACAGUUUGGAGUCGGAGACAGUCACAGCUCGAACUAAUGGCUCUGCUCCAAUUGGCCCUCCACAAAGCAUGCUACUGGCAGCUGUCAAUGCCACAUCAGUUACCCUUGACCUGACCUCUUGGCAGACGUCUGGUUGUCCAAUCAGUGCCUUUUCUGUGAGAUACCAUGUGUGGGGUGAUGAGACUUGGCAGCUGGUCAACAACAACAUCCUGCCAAACACAACACUACUGGUAGUGCAGGACUUUUCGCCAGCGACCUGGUAUAUCAUGGAUGUGGUAGCCCACAGUGAUGCCGGUUCAACCUCAGCUCAGCUGAAGUUUGCUACUCUUACAUUUGCUGGAAGUACAAUCAAGCCUUUAAAGGUGCUUCAUCACCAGGAGGUAGAAUUCUAUGAGAAAGUGUAUGUGAUGGUGCCAAUCUGUGGUGCAGUCGUCUUCCUCUUCUCAGCUCUGAUUGCAACAUUCUUGUUUUGCCACCGACGCAAGGACAGGCUUCGAUAUAAAGAACACAGCGCAAACUUGCGAAGAGACAUCACUGCCGAGACAUCGCUUAUGAAUGACCUUGACAAACGAUUGAACACCGAACUGGACAGCAGCAGCAGCAGCACAUUACCGGAGCACAUCAGCAAACAGAGGAAUGCUCACCUGCUCAUCUCCAUACAAAGUGACGAUAAUUUGCCAGGUAACAGCAGCGCCUGGUUGAUAGACGGAAGCAAUAAAACUACCAGCGACAAUGGCAGCUUUGGCCGCUCAGAAGAUGAAGGCAACAUUAACCCGUAUGCCACAUAUAAUGAAGUCAAGCAAGCCAUAGCACCAGAGGUUCGAACCACCAUCCCAUUAAAAGGUGCAGCUGUACCAAAGUCUUCUUCAGAAGAGGAUGAUAUUGCCAUGCAGAAGGUGGCAGCCAGAAGAGAGAUGGAAGAUUACCAGUCCAAGCAGUCGACACAGUCUACCCCCUCAGAACCUUACGUCCCAUUCUUUCAUCCAAAACGAGAGAAACAACCAAGAUAUACAAAAAAACAACCCCCUCCUCCUCUUCCAGCUCCCAGGAGAGCGCAGAAAGACGCUGUUACUAAGGAAGGCUAUGAUAAUCAUGGUGUGAUUCUUAGCCCUCGUAGAUAUGCCAGUGCGGAUCAGAUUCAUGCCCUGUUCUCACAGCCUUCUCGGCCUCAUAGUGGCAUGAAAUCUGGUUCAGAAUCCACUGACAAAGGGUCCCAGCGACACAGCCUUAUAUCGAGUGUCACAACGGUGUCCUCUAGUCGAGAUGAGCUCCUGGAGGCAUUAGAAAAUGCCAAAAGAAACCCUCCGCCUCCAGUCCUUUAUGAAAGUGAGAACGACCCUCACCAGGACAGAGGGACAGAGGGUGACCUUGACCCAGACUCCAGUUCACAGCCAACAGACAGCUCAGUGACGACUGAGCCAGGAAUCCGAAUGUUCACACAAUCUCCACCAAAACCAAAUGAGCAGAGGCAGGCCUCCUGUGAGGUGCCACCCUAUGAGCAACAGCAAAAACGCCGCCGUCCACAAAGAAUGGAGGUUGAAAGUGACACAAAAGAAGUCCGACCUGCUGCUGUGCGUCGACCUUUACCCCCACGUAAAGUACGACCUCGGCACAGGGGUAAACAGAGAGGUCAGGUCACGGGAAAAAGAACUUUAGGAACAUACAUGCCCAGGACACAGAGUGGUACAAGCACAACAAGUACCAACAGUGAGGAAGUCACUUACACCUUUGGAGAGCGUGCUCAAACACCCCGCUCAAACAGUCCAGUUGAGAGUUACCCCCCUUACUCAACCACAGCUACUGCUGGUAAAGGCUUUGUAGAUUUCCACAGUUCAGAGGCUGGCAGAUCUCGAAGAGGAGGCCGGCGAACACCACAUGCCAGAGUUCGGUACGAUACCAGCAUUCAAACACCUGGCACUGAUGACCACCGUCCACUAGUGACAUCGCUGGCUCAUCCAGCCCUGGCCACCUCACCUGAAGAAGAGGAGUCCAUUAGUUUGUUAGACAG